GUGUGUGUGUGUGUGUGUGUGUGACAACACACAUACUGGCUAUCCUAGCACAACCUUUUCUCUCUUUUGUGGAUACGAUAUGAAACCAACGAAAUGUGUUUGAUAUAUAUUUUUGGAGCACUGGUCAUCACAGGUGGAGUCUUAAGCCAAGACACAACUACUUUACCAGCAAAACAAAAUUCUGAUCGAGACCUGUUUGUAGCAGUGGGUUCAUCUGUACAGAUACCAUGCAUUGACGGAGAGAAAAAGGGGGUGGAGUGGAGACUUAACAACACAGUGCUUUUCUUGAGCUCUGUUCUUUCCAUAAAUAACAUCAGCCUGCAGGACCAAGGCAUCUACACCUGCCACCAACCGAAUGGGGACCUGAUACAAAGAGUCUCUCUACACCUGGGCUAUCCCCCUUCGCCUCCGGAUGUGUUUUGUUGGUCUCCAAGUUACCCUAAAAGGGCAGUAUGCUCCUGGACACUGACUCCAGACCCUAUAAUUCCAACACAUUACAUUGCUACAUACAGGAGCUACUCAGACCCAUUCUCCAGUGCCCAUCAAUGCCAUAAAUGGGGGGAGCAAGACAGGAAAUGUGUGCUAGAAGAACUGAAGAUAUUCGAAAGUGAACCAACUCUUUUCAACAUCACAGCUAUUAAUGCUUUGGGUAGCGCAACACGCAUAUGGCCAUUUGUUUUUGAGGAAAUAGUGAAACCAGAUCCUCCAGUGGAUGUGGUUGUGAUGGUAAAACUAGGGAAGAAGUUAUCUGUGCAGUGGGAUCCACCAACCAGCUGGCCGGAUCCUGUCAACUUUCCCCUUAAAUACACAGUGAAAUUUCACUGGGGCAAACCUGACACAGCUAGAACUCUGGGCCCUUAUGAGUCUAAUAAAAUGAUUCUCAGUGGACUAGUGGCUGGAAGGACAUAUCACAUCCAAGUAUCUGCUAAGGACUUCCUGGACAGUGGACAGAACAGUGACUGGAGUUUACCAAUAAGUGUCACUAUACCUAAUAACUGAUAUGAUGAUUUAUUACAUUAUACAACAUUAACCAGACUACAUUUUUAAGUCAAAUUUAGACAGUAUUAAAGCUUAAAUGUCCAGAUUUUUAUUUCAAAAGCAAAUAAAUAAAUAACCUAU